AUGGCUCUUGCUCAUGGCCAGUCGGAUUUCAAGUCUCCCUUAGCGAGAAGUCAGUUCUUCGAAUGGAUGGAAGCCACUGGCGAUGUCAUGUUUGUGCUCAAGCGCAACCAUCGUGCCAGGCGCCAUGCUGCCGAGUUCGUGAUCGAGGCGUUCUGUGGCCGUGAUAUCUCCAUCGUCUAUCGGGAUCCUACCGAAGUCACUACAUCCCUCCAUGAGUAG